GUUUCCUUUCAAGAGCUGUCGCUGCGGCCGAAGGUCAAACCUCCGUCGCCUCCCAGGCAGAAGCUGCUGCAUCCGACCCGGGUCGCCCCGUCUCAGCGGGGUCAGAGGUCAAGGUGGAGGGGGGACCUGGGCAGGGAGCAGAUGUUUGAAGACCCGGCCGUAAUGAGGAUAGUGGAGGGACGACCGAGCCUCACGAGUCUGGACAGCGCCAUAGUGAAGUGUGGGCCCGUCGUGUCCAGGAAUACCUCUGUGGAUGAUAGAAUGACRCCUCCUUACUGGAAAAACCGUACCGAUUCUGGAUCGAUACUCCAGGACAGCGCCAUAGUGUGUGUGAUCGGUCACAGAGGGCGGGGUCAGCAUGUGAACUCUGACUUCCUGGAUCUACUGUGUCCCGUCUCUUCCUACGGAGUCCAGAGAGGRGWACCCAGAGGAUUGUACUCCAGGAGGGCRUUUGGCCAAAGAGGGCCUGCUCAGAUUCAUGCACCAGUGAUGCCCAGAUCACCCAUCUUCCCACGGCAACMGUUGACGCCACGGCAACCGUUGACGCCACGGCAACACUUGAAUCAGACGGAAUGCUUCAUGUUCCCUCMAAACCGCUUUUCCUCCUCCACGCCUCGGCCUCUGACUUCAAAAUCCAUGCAGCUUCGCUUCGGUGACGACUCUCCCAGACCGUCCCCRUUUUACAGCCCAUCAGCCAACCCUGUGCAGCCGCUCAGUUUCCCUGGUCCAGUCACGCAGCUSCAUCCUCAACAUGCACGGCUUCUCAGUCAAAAGCGGCGUCCGUUUCACAGAAAAUGUGAAGGCUGGGACCCUUACUCCAACCUCAUGACAGACAAAGAAAAGGAGUGGAUCAUUCGCCUGCAGAUGAUUCAGCUGCAAAGCGAGAAUCCGUACCUCGAGGACUAUUAUUACCAGGAGUAUUAUCGCCGAUUAGAAGCCAAGAUGGCCGAGGAAGAGCUGGGCAUCAGGAGCAAGAAGGAGCCGCCCAAACUCACCACACCGUACAUCACCAAGACGGAYGCCUACACACCAGUGGUCCACAUCGAAGGCUCUUUGGGUCAGGUCGCUGUCUCCACGUGUUAUUCUCCACGCCGGGCCAUCAGUGCCGUCCAUGCAGUCCAAACUCACGGCCCUCUUGAGGCACAAAAAGACACCAGACAACAGCGACUAGAGAUUCUCAGCAAAAUAGAAAAGUUGUUCAUAGUUUUGCUGGAGGUGGAGGAAACUGAGAGGAUGAAGACCACAGUUUUGUCUGGAGCAGAAGAAAUCAGACUAAUGGAAAAAAUUCAGAGGAAAGUGGAGCACAUCUACUCUCGGCUGCAGCAACACAAUGCUCCAGAUUCAGGAGACGGGUUUCUUUCUUUCUUGAGCAUCUCGAAAGGCAAAAAGCUUCUCGCUCGUCUGCUGCCCUUCUUGAAGAACGAUUCAGCGCUGAAGAUCUUGCACAUCGUCGCCUCCAACCUUCCUACGCUGAUGAGCAAAGACGCAGAGGAAGACCUUCCAGUUCUUUACCUGUCGCUCCGAAAUGUGAUCGGCGUUCUGACGUUCAGCCAGCUCAUCAACGUUCUCAAAGCCCUCACGUCUUCAGAGUCUCCGACCUGCGAGCUCCUGUCCCUGACCUGCCAGAACAAGGUUUGUAGCUUCAGUGAGUAA